AAACGCUUAUCAGUUUGCCAAAUUAUUCUGUCAGUAAAACCAACUCUCAGGUAACAAAAAGCGAUCAUGAAUAUCGCCGUAGCAUUGAGUCUCUUGGCUGUAAUUUGCACCACUUGUGCAGAAGAAAAAGAUGACCGGAGCAAAUUGGACAAGCUAAGACUUCAGAUAAGAGACAAUUUGGACUCGGUGGAAAACGACUUGCUCGAACUCGACGCUAUUCGUAGGGAAAGCGAGGAUGUCACUUCCGAUAAAGUCAUAGACGAAGGGAGGAAACAAGAAAAAGUUUUCAGGAAAUUUGUCGACUUAUCGGUGAAUCAGAUGCGCAAAGAACUGAAAACGGCAGAGGAAAAGGACGUGGACGCGCAACACUGCUUCGACGCUAAUUACGAGGGCGUGAAAGGUGUAGUCAAGAAAGCGGAUGAAGAUUCUAGAAAGUGCAAAGAAUCGUCCUACGAGACCCUCAAAGAGAAUCUGCAAUUUAUCGACGAUGUCAAAAAGAGAGGAGACAUGCUGAAAGAUGACUUGCGCGGCAUCGAACUGCAUUGUCACAGCGGUGACACCAAAGAAAUGAUAAUCUGCUUGACCACCGAGCUGGCGAAAAUCGAGGAGAACGUGAAGAAUUUCAAGGAUGACGUCGUUAAGACCAAACAGGCCGUCGAUAGCGUGGGCGACUUCGUCCUUCUGGAGGCCCGCAAAUGUUUUGAGAACAUUUACGACGAGGCGCUUUUCAAUUGCGAGGCCGCCAGAAGAUCUCACACUGGCUGCGUGAAUAAAGCGAUAGAGACCGCCGGCAAAACGAGGAGGAUAUCUCCAAAAAUUAUUCAGUGAACACACGCUCGUCCCUUCGUCGUUCACAACAUUUUCUCAGACGAGACUGGUUCGCGGUUAAUUGGUCAAAAUAAGCAAAUUAGUAAUCAGCAACUCACGAUCACGCAAAUGUUUUUAUCUCAUAUCCAUAAUUUAUAGCGGUUAAUUAUUAAUUAUAAGUUUCGUAAUGUAAUGUUUAAGGGAAAUAAAACUAAUUAAAUAGUACACAA